GCCGCCGGCCGCGCCGCCUGCGCAGGCGCUGGUUCAGGACUCGCUCGCCGCGCUGAGGCCCACGGGCCCGUCAUGGAGGCGCCCCGCUUGGAGACGCCCCCCGACCCCUCGCCCCCUUCGUCCUCGGCCUCGUCCAUGGCCCCGGCCCCGGUUCCUCAGCGCGCGCCGGAUGUGGCGCGGCUGCGCGAGGAGCAGGAAAAGAAGAAGGUAGAUAAUGACUAUAAUGCUCUUCGAGAAAGACUCAGUACCUUGCCUGAUAAAUUGUCUUAUAAUAUAAUGGUACCAUUUGGCCCUUUUGCCUUCAUGCCAGGAAAACUUGUCCAUACUAAUGAAGUCACUGUUUUACUGGGGGACGACUGGUUUGCAAAGUGCUCAGCAAAGCAGGCUGUAGGUUUAGUUGAGCACCGGAAAGAACAUGUAAGAAAAACAAUAGAUGACUUAAAAAAAGUGAUGAAAAAUUUUGAAUCCAGAGUUGAAUUCACGGAAGAUUUGCAGAAAAUGAGUGAUACUGCAGGUGAUAUUGUUGACAUAAGAGAAGAAAUUAAAUGUGACUUUGAAUUUAAAGCAAAACACCGAAUUGCUCAUAAACCGCAUUCCAAACGAAAAACUUCAGUUAUUUUUGAAGCAGAUAUUGCAAAUGAUGUGAAAUCCAAGGAUUUGCUAGCUGAUAAAGAACUGUGGGCUCGACUUGAAGAACUAGAGAGACAAGAAUUGCUGGGUGAACUUGAUAGUAAGCCUGAUACUGUGAUUGCAAAUGGAGAAGAUACGACAUCCUCUGAAGAGGAAAAGGAAGAUCAUAACACAAAUGUGAAUGUGAUGCAUCAAGUAACAGACUCUCAUACUCCUUGUCAUAAGGAUGUUGCAAGUUCAGAACCAUUCAGUGGUCAAGUGAAUAGUCAGUUGAACUGUUCAGUGAAUGGUUCCAACUCUUACCACAGUGAUGAUGGUGAUGAUGAUGACGAUGACGACGACAACGUUAAAGACGAUGAUGGUGAUAAUGACCAUGAGGCUUUAGGGGUUGGAGAUAAUUCUAUACCAACAAUAUAUUUUUCUCAUACUGUUGAGCCUAAGAGGGUCCAAAUAAAUACUGGAAAGAAUACCACUUUAAAAUUCAGUGAAAAGAAAGAAGAAGCCAAACGUAAACGAAAGAACAGCACUGGCAGUGGCCACUCUGCCCGGGAGCUGCCGACCAUCAGGACGCCUGCAGACAUUGACAGAGCCUUUGUUGAUGUUGUGAAUGGAGAGUAUGUCCCUCGCAAAUCCAUCCUGAAGUCUCGAAGUAGAGAGAAUAGUGUGUGUAGCGACACCGGUGAAAGCAGUGCUGCUGAAUUUGAUGAUAGGCGGGGAGUUUUGAGGAGUAUCAGCUGUGAAGAAGCCACUUGCAGUGACACCAGUGAGAGCAUUUUGGAAGAGGAACCACAAGAAAAUCAACAAAAGAAACUUUUGCCCUUAUCUGUACCUGAGGCUUUUUCUGGAACUGUUACAGGAAAAGAAUUUGUAUCACCUUCAUUAACACCACACCCAGCCAUUGCUCAUCCUGCACUACCCACUAUUCCAGAACGAAAGGAAGUUCUGUCGGAAGCAUCAGAAGAAACUGGAAAGACGGUUUCAAAGUUUAAAGCUGCCAGAUUGCAACAGAAAAACUAGGCCCUGUCUAGGAAAUGGGAACUUACAUCCUAAAACCUAGUUGUUCAUUUGUUUAGAAUAUCUAUAGCAAAAUAGGUUACAUGUAGUUUGAAAUAAGGUAUCCUGAGUUACUUUGGCAACAAGUUCUUUUACCCUUAUCGGUGGUAUUUGAAAAAAUCAAAGUAACUGUCUGAAUACUUUAAUAUUCAGCUUGUUUUGUUAAUUCUCUGAAUACUGUCAACACUCUAAGUUUGCCUUUAUGAUGCAGUGGCAGCAUUUUGAAUUACUUUUCAAAGAAUACUGUUUAUAUGGAUUGUUUUUGUGUUUCAAACUAAAUACAGGCAGUUUUGUGCCAGCUGUGAUAUUGUGCAUACCAUAUGGACCAUUUUAAAGAAAAUUUUAAAAUUUCAAAUAGAUUCAACAAUUACAUUACUUGCUUUCACAUUUUAAACGCACUUUAAAAAAAUCUGCUUCUCUUGUAGGUUUUGCAGCUAGUUGGCUAUUCAAGAAACCUCGCCCCUCUGAAUGUCAUACUGUAAUCUUUAAGGAAGAAAGCUACAUGAAUUAAUUGUACUCUAUGGGAACAUUUCUUUGGAAAGGUAUUUUCUAAAACUUUUUUUUCCAAGUAAAAACUUUAUGAAACUUGGUCUCAAAAAAGAAAACUAGAAUUCAAAUUCUUUAUAUUAUUCACUAUGUCCAGUAUUCAAUUAAAACCCAAUAGUCAUACAAAGAAACAGGAAAAAAUGAACCAUAGUCAAGAAAAAUAAAGUCAUUAAUAUAAACCAAUCCUGAGCUGGUCCAAGCAUGAUGCUAAGCAGACAAAGAUUUUCAAACAGUGGUUAUAAAUAUUCACAAAUGCUAUUAAAAAAACUUAGAGGAAAAUGUAAUCUUAAUGAGUGGAUAGACAGGAAAUCUCAGCACUUAAAUAGAAACUGCAAGAAAAAAUCAAAUGAAAAGGGUAGAACUUAGAAGUAUAGUAAUGAAAAGUCCAUUAUCUGAAAUUUAGAAACUCACUGGGUGAGCAAAAGAAACAUUCAGUGACUUUAAAGACAUAUAAUCGAGGCCGGGCGCAGUGGCUCACGCUUGUAAUCCCAGCACUUUCGGAGGCCGAGGGGGGCGGAUCACGAGGUCAGGAGAUCGAGACCACGGUGAAACCCCGUCUCUACUAAAAAUACAAAAAAAUUAGCCGGGCGUGGUGGCGGGCGCCUGUAGUCCCAGCUACUCGGAGAGGCUGAGGCAGGAGCAUGGCGUGAACCCGGGAGGCGGGGCUUGCAGUGAGCCGAGAUCGCGCCACUGCACUCCAGCCUGGGUGACAGAGCGAGACUCCGUCUCAAAA